AUGUACCUCCCCCGAGGACUGAUCGCACAGUUGUACCAAAACCUCGUCAAACGAAACCAUGCCGCCGCUCCUCCCGUAUUAUUACUCGUCGCCCUCGAACCCGACGCGCUAUGUGCGUGCCGCAUCCUCACCGCGUUGUUGCGACGCGAUUAUAUACCUCACAAAAUUCAGCCAAUAGCUGGUUAUGGCGACUUGAGCCGCGCAGCUGAAGAUCUAAUACGGCCCAUGCGGACUACACACGGAGGUAGCGGGGGUGUUGUCGUGUGCCUGGGUGUUGGUGGCAUGGUCGAUCUGGAAGAGAUAUUCGGCAUGGAAGUCGACGAGAACGGGAGUGGGGGUACAGGCGACGUCGAGGUAUGGCUUAUGGAUGCAAGACGUCCGUGGAAUCUGUCUAAUGUGUUCGGUACGCCCAUGGGUCGAGACUCGGUUACAGAGGAUUGGCUAAGGAAAAGAGCGGGUGUGGAGAAGGGAAGACUACAGCAACAUUACAAUUCUUCCAAAGGAGGCAUAAUAGUUUUUGACGAUGGUGACAUCGAAGAAGAGCUCGAGAGCGAACGCGAAGCUUACUGUGCGCUUGAAGAAAUGCCCGAGGUGGGUGAGGGGGCAGAAUCAGAAGACGAGAUUGAGGACGAUGCAAGACUCGACGAACCUCCAUCAGGGCAGGCUCCUAGGAAGAGGAAGUCAUGGAGUGGGGAUGAAGAUUCAGAUGUGAACAUGUCGGACGAUGAACGUCCUAGUCAAAGACGGAGAAGUAAUUCUGGUGGAUCAAUACCUUCAACACCGGAACGAAGACCAUCACGACGCGGCCUCAUGAUAUUAGGCGGCUCAUCAGACUUCUCACGCUCCGAUUCACGAAGCAGAUCAACAUCGCCUGCUGUCGCUGCACCAAAGGAGCAGUCGAUCAAAGGCCUUCGGAGACAACUUGUGGUCAUGCGUGAAAAGCAUGACAAAACACUUCAAAAGUACUACGACCAAGGUGCCUCAUAUUCUGAGCCAGUAUCAUCCCUCGUCUACUCGCUAGCAUCAGAGCUCGGCAGAGAAGACAACGAUCUCCUCUGGAAUGCUAUCGUUGGAGUUAGCAGUCUCGAGCUGUACGGCCGAACAGGCAGCGGCGUAGGCCUGAACCCCCUCUCGGCGGCUGGUGGCUCAGCGGGCUGGAACGGUGAUCGAGGUGAACGUAUACGCUCUGUGCUGCGUGAUGAAGUACGUCGCCUAAACCCCGUCGAUAUUAAAGACCUAGCCCGUGAAGCCACGAUGGGUGACUCAACAGGCGUCAUUCCCACAAGUGCCCGCUCCGCAACAGACAAGUCGAUACGACUAUCACCCGAACCUCGCUUCCUUCUCCUACGGCAUUGGAGCUUAUACGAGAGCAUGCAACAUUCGCCAUACCUCUCCGCCAGACUACACAUUUGGAAUGAUUCUGGAAGGCGCCGGCUGGACAAACUGCUUGCGAAGAUGGGCGUUAGUCUCGCACAGUGCAAACAAUACUACACUCACAUGGACAUGGACUUGAAGCGCGGCCUCCGCGAACGCCUUCUGAAAUUCGCACCCAUGUAUGGUCUCGAUGGCUUAGUUCCACCCGCACCUCGCGGUGGUGACUCCAAAGACGGCUGGGGCUUUGUUCGUUGCUGGGGCUGGAAGGCCUGUCUCUCUGCUAUCGAUGCAGGCGUAAUUCUUGGUGCCAUCCUCGAAGUAGGCGAUGCAAAGUCGCUCUCUACUUCCUCACUUGACUCUUCCAAUUUCGUCGGUACUCAGGACCACUCUGAGCAAGCUCUCGAUUCAGCAACUGAAGCACAAGACCGCAUAACAGCCCGAUUUUACACCGCGUACGACGCUCUCGCUGACAUAAAUACCCUCACUGCACACAUUUCAACCGCGCAGCAUCUGCAUAAAGCCAUUCUGCGCACAGGCACAGCGCUGAUCGAGAAGCGGCAGAUUCGCCACUUAAAAGCGUUCCGCAUGGCCGUCGUCAAAGAAGGUCCAGAUGUACAGCUCUUUACGCACCCAGGAGCCCUGACAAAACUGGCGCUAUGGAUCGCGGAAGCGAUUGUCGAGCUCAACGGGACCAAGGGGCGUAACAGAGGCAGCGAACUCGUAAUGGCCGGUCUAGACGAGAGACAGGGUCGGUAUGUUGUGGUCGGACUUGGUGGCGGUGGCGCCACCGAGUCUGCGAAGGAACGCAUUGCCAAGCGUGAGAAGAAGAACAGGGAACGUGAACAGAAGAAGGCCGCAAAGGCGACCGAACAGGAGCGUAAGCGGCAAGCCAGAAAAGCGCGCCUUGAAGCCGCGGGACUAGAAGAAGACGAGGUCGAGGACGAGUCGGAAGAGGAGUCGGAAGAAGAUGAGGAGAGCGAGGACGAAGAAGAGAUAGGCAAGAGCGGGCGUAAUCGAUUUGGAAACGCUUUCCAGGAGGUCGUCAGGGAGACUGGCGCGAGAGUUCGCAUGGACAGUUUUGAGGCGUGUGUGAUUGAAAUAAAGAAGGAGGACCUGAGUGGGUUCCUGGAGCGGCUGAGUAUGAAAGCUGUACCUGAGUCCCUGAGUCCUGGUCAAGGCUGGCAGUAUUGGGAAGACGCGGUCCUCGCGCGUCAACACCGCUCAUCUUACCGUGGACGCACGCUCUUCUCGUAUGAAGCUCCUGACGACUCUGUCAACAAACACCCGCAGAAGCAGUGGCUCAACUUCGACCUGCCCCUCAUCAUGAACAACCUCAAGUCAGAUCCAGCCGUAAAUCGACCGGAUACCUCCGUCGUGCCUGACGUACCGGUCGCUAACCUUCGCACCAUGCGCUUACACAAGACUCUCGCCUUUCGAGAAGGACACGGAUGGCCCGAACAAAGCGUACGAGCGCUCGAUAUUAGCUUGAAUGCGGGAACUCGGUUCGAAGACCUUCCUCAAAGUCUGAGGGAUCUCGCGCGGCUUCUAUUUGUGAAAUACGGGCCCAUCUAUGUUGGCAAUCAGAAUCACUUCAUGGUGUGCCGAAAGUGCCUCGAGGCCUACCAAUGUUUGCCGGACAAUCUCAAGGAGAUGAUCGACGAGAUCUAUUUUCCAGACAACCUGUUUCACUUCGAUAACCAGUCGAGAGUGCACCCACUUCUCUCGAACCGGAAAGAGUCUAGAAACAUGCGACGAAUUGUUGUCGAUCUCAAAGAUCUUGACAAUGCGGUCCCGUCUCUACGAACCCUUGCAAAGGGCCUAAGGCUUUUCAAACAGCUUCGAUAA